ACUGCCCCCGGAGAUAAACACCCCUCCCCGGGAGAGAAUGGGCCCGUCCGCGCCCCAUGCGCGCAGCGGGGCGGGCGAGACUAUUUGUGCGCCCGGGGAGGAUGGGGGAGACCAGGAGGAUCCUGCCUGGAACGGGGGCUGGCACCCACAGUCAUGGAGGAUGAUCCGGCUUCUCCUGCCAGCAAGGCCCCGUCCCCGCUGAGCUGUAUCCGGAUGGUCCAGGCAGGCUGGUCGGAGAAGGAAGAUGGGGCCUGGGAGCGGAGUGGAAGCAUGCGGGAUCCAGCGAUGGUGGGGAGCUCUCCAGGGCGACCCGGGAGUUCUCCCCCUCUUUGCCCACCCAGCCGGUGCCAAGGGGGGCAUAGCCCUGCCACCCCCCAGGACACUGAUGGGACAGGCCAGAACCAGAAUGGGGGAGAAGAGGAGGUGGUGUCCCCUCUGUGCCAGGAGCCCCCCCAGUCCCCGGCUCCAGGGGAACCACAGCCCCGCAGGCCGUUCCGGCGGAAGCACCGGCUGUACAUGAAGCUGGCCCCUGGCAAGGUUACUGUGUCCCCAAGCCAGGACAGGGGGCAGCCAGCCACUGCCGAGGAGCCAGGGCCCUCUCAGGGCAAAAGGCUACGGCUGCUGCGAGGCCAAGCCAGCAACUUCCGGAGGAAGAAAAGACCUUUGGAGAAUGGCCAGGAGGCAGGGCCUGGCAACGUGGGGCCCUCACUCCCACUCCGCCAGUGCAGUGGGGAGGAGGGGCAGGACCCGGCACCAGAGGGGGAGGAGGAGGCGCAGGGCUUGGCAUUGAAGCGGGAGGAGGAGGAGGGGCAGGGCCUGGCAAUGAAGCGGGAGGAGGAGCAAGACCAGGGCCUGGCACUGGAGUGGGGGGAAGAGGAGGAGAAGAGGUUCGGCUCCCCCAGGUUGGCUGGGCCCGGCACCGCCCGCCCCAAGCCGGACUUCGUGCAGCUGAUCGAUGAGCACGGGAUCUACUCCACGGCCAAGCUGGUGCUGGGCAGUGCGGCGGGCGAGCUGGACGAGGGGGUGGUGCUUCCGCCACACCUGAGGCGGGCAGGCCCCCAGCUGGAGAUCCGGGAGGUGAUCGUGGACGACAAGCCCUUCGCGUGCAGCGUGUGCGAGAAGACCUUCAAGCGGGCCUGGGAGCUGUUCAGCCAUGAAGUGGUGCACAACGAGGAGCGGCCCUUCCACUGCGACCUCUGCGAGGCCUCCUUCAAGCGCCACUCGGACUUCAAGAGCCACCGGCUGGUGCACACCGAGGAGCGGCCCUUCCACUGCGAGAUGUGCGGCAAGAAGUUCAAGCGCUCGUCCAACCUCCAGGAGCACCGGCGCAUUCACACCGGCGAGCGCCCCUAUCAGUGCGCCUGCUGUGACAAGAGCUUCAAGACGCCCUACGAGCUGCAGCGCCACAUGCUCACCCACUGCACCGAGAAGCCCUUCAAAUGCGGCGACUGCGGGAAGGACUUCCCCACCUCCAACUCGCUGCUGCUGCAUCAGCGCCAGCACUGUGACGACAAGCCCCACGUCUGCGGCGUCUGUGGCAAGAAGUUCACCUACGGUCACAGCCUCAAGGUGCACGAGCGGGUUCACACCGGCGACCGGCCCUUCGUCUGCCCCAUCUGUGGCAAGGGCUUCAAGCAGUCCAACGCCCUCUCCUCGCACGAGCGGGUGCACACCGGCGAGCGCCCCUUUGUCUGCAAGACCUGCGGCAAAGCCUUCAAGCAGUCGUCCUACCUGGUGAUCCACGAGCGCUCGCACACGGGCGAGCGGCCCUACAAGUGCGAGGUGUGCCAGAAGGCCUUUGCCCGGCCCUCGCUGCUGCUGCAGCACCACCGGGUGCAUAGCGAGGAGCGCCCCUACAAGUGCAGCUUCUGCGACAAGUUCUUCAAGGACCUGGCCUACCUGACGGUGCACGAGAAGGUGCACACAGGCGAGACCCCCUACAAGUGCAGUGUCUGCGACAAGGGCUUUGCCCACCCCUCCAACCUGCUGCAGCACCAGCGUGUGCACCGCGACGGCUGACCCGGCUCCUGCUCCAGCAUGCCCCGCCGGGGAGUGCGGCCCAGGCUGCAUGCAGCUCCCAGUGGUGCCACUCUAGCUGGGCCCAUUGAGGCUACAUCUCCCAACGUGCACUGCAGUCCCUCGUGCAUUAGGGUGAAGCAGUGCAUGCUGGGAGGAGCAGUCCAGCCAGGCCACACCCUCACACUAUAAGGGGCACUGAAAGCUCCUAUGUGCGCAUCGGGUAUGGGCUAAAGGUCUGCGGAGGGCUGGGUUGCCCUGGCCUGAGUCGCUGCUUGGCUCCAGGGCCCCGUGGCCCUUCUCUGGGCACUCCCUGGAGCUCGGGGAAAGGGAGGAAUAGUUGGCUCCUCAGCGAGGGGUUUGCUCCAUGCCUGUCCUGCAGGGGGCCAGACUGUCUCCUCUGUGCUCCCCAGCUAGAAAGGGGUUUGUGAGCCCCACCUCUGUGCCAUUGCCCCAUGGCAGCUUCCCGACAGGAUCAACACACAGACUGGGCACAGCCAGGAUGGCCCCUUGGGGCUGCUCCAUCAGCAUCCCUGUGACCCAGGAUUCCUCUCCUUGGAUAGCAUGGUCCCUGCCAGGGGAUCGCAAGCUGGCAACUCCCCGUGUAGCUGGGAGGGGCUUUCUGGGCUCCUGGGUGAGCCCCAGGGGGAUGGGAAAGCAGGUUCCUUCUCAGUCAGUGACAGGGCUCCCAGCUGCCUGGAGCUGAGCGGAGCUUCUGCUCGCUGUACCCCACUGCAAUGAGGGCUGGGGAGUCAAGCCCCCGUCCACCCAGUUUUGGAUGCUGGGUUGCUUUCCUGUGGGAACUGAACCCACAGGGUGAGGGCUGGGCUACAGCCCCUCACGUCUGGCACCCCCAGCUCAUCGGCGCUGGGAUGCGUACGUGACCGAGUCACCCCCAUCGCUCCACAGACUGAAGGGGAGGUAAUGAGAUCCGCUCAAACCUUUUCCCCUCUCUUGGUGUCGUAGUAAGAAAACAACUUACAUCACAUCCAGAUCGGGCUCUCUGAGCCUGCGCUAAGUGUGCACAUGCCAGAAUGGCGUACAAUGUGAAUUAUAGCCCAGAGCCACUUCGCUGCUAGCUGGUGCCAGGCCCACUCCCAUGUGCUGUCUGCUCUGCUGGGCUGGAGAGCUGCCUUGGGGACUGGAGAGUCGGUGCGGGGAGUUCUCAGCUCUGGGUGGGUGUUGGGUCUGACACUUCUCCAUGCUCGGGUUAAAUAGGUGUCAACAGAAAGUCUGGAUUCUCCCCCCCCUUCCCGCCCUCACUGCGAGUGGACGGAUCUCGCUACCUACCUGACCCCUGGCCACUCAUAGGAUCUGCCAGGAACAGUGGGACUGGCGGCCUGCAUUUCCCUCUCACAGUAAGUCAGGGAGGGGGUGAAGGGCAGAAGGGGCUCCUCGAAAUAUCAUCCAGAAGCACCAGCACACAAGCGAUGGGUGCAUCCCAAUUUCCCUUCUCAGACAAGAAGCUACAAAGGGGGGUUGAAUGAGCCCUCCCUUGCCAGGCUGGUUCCUGGCCCCUCUGCCCUGGGAAGGCAGGGGUUAAAGAUGCCUGCUGUGCCAGACUGCAGACAUGUGCAGCCAGUGGGAGUUCAGGGGGCCCUGCUAGCCAAGCUGAGAGCCCGGCCCCUGGGUGACCCACACGAGAGCUAUGGGGCGGCUGGGGCCGGGCUCUACGGGUCCAGCACACCAGCUCAUUCUCGUGGGAUCACGCACUGCCUUUUGUUACGGGCCGCCCGUGGACAGUACCUCACCUAGGGAGUGCUUUCAUGUGCUAGCACCAGUCCCAGGGAGUGUCACCCUGCUGGAGCUCCAGUAACAGGUGUUCCCGUCUGCACUGAGUUACACUGGGCAUCGUGUCGGUCACCUCGGCCCCUCCAGCUCCUGUCCUGGCAGGACCCAAUUUGCUAGUGAGGACGAGGUUCAGUUGCAGCCGUUGGGUGCUGCUGGCCCCUGAGUGUGGACCCAGAGCCAGCGGGCCUGGCUGUGUGUGGAGUAGGCAGCAGGAUGUGUCCCCACCACCGCUGUUGCUUGUGCAGGUGUGCUUGCUGCAGUCACACCUUUAUGUGCACGUGUACCCACUGUGUGGGGCGCUCCCAGGAGCCGUGUGGGGUGUGAGGAUAAAUGCCUGCUACAGCUAAGGGACUGCCUCCUUCAGUUCCAGCUCUAGCUGUCUGGGGUUUGGCACAGUAGCGCCGGGGUCAAAUCCUGCUGGGGGUUUUCAAUCUCAGUCCGAUCAGUUUCCCACCUAUGGCUGAGCUCCCCUGUGCUAGUGCUGAGGGAAUGUAGAUGGGGCUGUGGGGGCCUUGCCCUUGUGUCACACAGCCCUGUUCUUGGAAGUUAGGAGAUAUGGAGCCAGUUCCUCAAAUGGCCAGUCCUCCUGCAGGGGCAGCAAGGAUCGGCCCCCUUUCCUGCACCCAUUUAACCCAUUAACAGGGCACUGGAAGGAGAGUCCCCUGGUUAAUGCCCUAGCAGCCUUGUCCCAUCUGGGGCUGUGAGAGCUCCUGAGCCAUCUGCCUCUCCAGGCCUUCUGAGGAGACCCUCAGGGAACCCAGCUCCCCCAGGGCACACAGUGCGUCCCCUCCCUCCCCCCUGUGCAGCUCCCUGUUAGAGCAGAGUUGAAGAGUAGGCAGCUGUCCUUUAUCUGCUCCAUCCCCACCCCGCAGUACCCCCUUCUCUGCUCCAAUGGGGAGCAUUCCUGUAGCGAAGGCUGCUUAGAGGGACCCCCCAGCGGAGAAAGGGCAAGGCUGUGUGAGAUGGGACCAGCGGCGCCACGUGUGCAGUAGCAGAAGGGUUUACAACCUCCCACCCCAGGGGAGCAGGGUGUGGGGUGAGCCAGGUUCUCCUGGGGCUGCUGAUUGCACCCAUCAGCCAGCAGUUCUCUCCAUGGCUGCGUUUUGGGGCUCAGUGCGGGGAGGGUUACUGCUAGCAUGGGAAAAGCUUGGGGGCAAUCCAGACAAUUCAACGGGCUGUAGCUGAGGUGAAGAUGCUCUCAGACCCGCAGCUCCUGCAGGGCGGGUGGGAGUCGUAUCAGCCGGUGCUGUGCCUGGGAGGAGAUGGUUGCUCACUCUGCCCUCCCAGCAGCAGGGUACCUAGCUGCCCAUGAGUCAUGCCAUGUAGCAGGGAGCUCGGUGGAGCAGACGCAAUACCACGUUGGUUACAAUGGUUCCUAGGGAUCCAUCAUGCUGGGGGCCGUAUGGACUAAGGGGGAGUCUAGCUGUGCCCUGCCGGCCUGCUGCAAGAUACCCUGCGAGAGCCAGUUGCUGGGGUGAGGGGCAGCGAGCAGAGGCAGAUGCAGCUGCCUGGUGGGGUUCCCCAGCAAGGGGCACUGUCACCAAGCGGUUGGGGCUGCUCAAUGGGCAGCCCAGGGAUGGAUGAAUGUUAGGAGGUACAGGUCGGUGAUCUGGGUCCACCUAGAAUCUGCAGCUGGGAGAAGUAACUUGCCCUAUUGCUGGCGAUGGGAUGUUCUCCCCAGCCUCUGUGGGGUGCACAGGGGAUGUGACCUGGCAGGGGAAGUGGCAGCGCUGGGCUCUGCCCCAGGGAGCGGUGGGUUGAGCAGUUCACCCAUGCGGUGCCUGGGGGGUUCACCUGACAGCUGCAGCCUGUCGCUGGGUGCUGCACCCCUGUGCUGUGGUGGCCGUGCCCUGCUCUGUUUUAGGCAGUGAGGUGUGGUCCAGCAGGUUGGCAGUGUGUGGCCCAUGGUCUGAGGGUACUGUGUUCACUCGGUAGUGGGCAUGUUUGGUUCAGCACAUGCCACACCCCGUGUGUAUAGAUUCCAAACACUAACUCUCCCCUGCAGGGGCCUGGCCUGGCUGCUGGGUGCCCAUCCACAACUGGUUGGCAUCUGCAGGGCUUGGCCAUUCCCAGCAUGCCAGGGGGCCACACCGUCCCUCAGGAAGUUGGGGGCAGGGCAGCCUCUGGGCACAGAUAAUUAUUUAAAUGGUCAUGGGAAAUUUCAAGUUCCUGGGCAGGUCCUGCAUCACCUGCACCCAGGAAGGAGUGUGGGGAGGAGGGGAUGGGCCCGGCCUGCCUGCACCAGAAACUCAUCCAGCCUUGGGGAGAGCCAGGUGCAUCGUCACUACACACCUGGGCCAGCCUGCGUCUCGGGGCACGGGGUGACUGCCGGGCAGCAUAUCUGGGCACUGUCUGCUGCCAAGUUCCCUUCUGGUUCCUGUGGACUUACGGCUGUGCCUGCCCAUCAGCAGGGGGAGGCUGGGGAAGGACCUUUUCCAGAAAAGGUCACACGGGGCCAGCAACCCCCUGCACCCAGACUCACCCUGCGCCUGUGCUGGCCUGGAGGUGCCUGGCUCCACACUAAACUCCCCAGCACCGAAGCCAUGGGACUCUGUGCGCGGACUCUCACUGCCUCGGGUCCCCCUUUUGUAUUGCUACUGUAGGGAAGGGUGGGGGACCCCCACUCAGCUCCUCAACACUAAUUACAGGACAGUUAUUUAACUGUG